AUUCAUAUUUUGUUUCCACACCCAGUUUCAAGAUUGUAGUUCAGCUUUAUCCAACUCUAAUAACUAUGCAAGAAAACUCAGCUGAGUGUUUUCCUGCACUCUCAAGCUGUGCAGCGAGUACCGAUGUGAUUGGCUGAGAAGAAACACCAUCCCCGAGUAAAGCGAGGGAUGCCAGAGUGCUUAGGCAGUGCAUGGACAGAUGCAGACGGAGAGAAGACGGCGGCGAAACCAGCUGCACAUUUACGGUGGCGAUGCUGUGAGGUUGUGACACAUCCUCCCAGGAGUGAUGGGCUCUAAGUUGACCAGACAGAGAAGUCUCGAUUUUGAUAGCAAAUUGUCAAAAAGGAGACGCCAGAGGAAUGAUAUUCCUGGAGAGAGCGAGAGGAGUGGCGGCAGGAGCGGAGACUUCUUGUUUACCUCCCUGAUGCUCAAGUCCGACAAGCUUCCAGGGAUGCUGCGGAAAACCAACCACAGCCCAUAUGUCAGACGGGUGGCUUGGGUCCGGGAAAUCCAGAGGCUUCUCCGGGAGCAGAAGAUGGAGCAAGCGGGCGAAGUGCUGAAAGUGCUGAGAAAGGAUUUGGGACUUCAGGGAACGUCACUCAAUGACAUUUUGUACAAAAAUGCAGCGUUUCUAAACCUGGUGGACCCCAUUUCCCAUGAAUUGCUGCUCAGCCUUGCGCGGGACCUGCAGUGUCCAAAAAGGGAGACUGACUCGUUCAAGUCUACUAACAAGAUAUGUCGCCAGCUGAUUUACCACCUGACCCCUCACUCCAAGUGGACAAGACAGAGCGUGCCCAGGAGAAAGUCCCAGGCCUGCCUGAAGACCACGCUGAAAAAGAAGCUUUCGGGAGACGUGGUCAACCUGUCGGGAAUCCCGCUCACUGGCCGGGAUGUCCACCGCGUGGCCUUCUACCUUCAGAGCAGCAGUGACAUGGUGUCCGCCGUAGACCUGAGCUUCACUGAACUGCAGGACGAGAGCUUACGCAUGCUGCUGCCCUACCUCAGCUGCUUGCCGAAACUCACCAUACUUGCUGUUAAUGGCAACCGUCUGACAGCGGCCAUCCUGAAAGACCUGACAGAUGUAAUGAAGGAGCCCAAGAAGUUCCCCACGCUGGCCUGGAUUGACUUGGGGAACAAUGUGGAUAUCUUCACCAUCCCGCAGCCGCUGCUCGUGGCACUGCGGCGCCGCUUCGGUUUACGCAGCAGCCUCCCCACCAUCUACGAGUACAGUGAGGCGCAGGCAUUCGGUAGCUAUAACCCGAAUAUGGAGACCUCUGUGGAGGAGCCUAGUCUGUACGAGGAGGGAGAUAUAGAGGAAGAUGAUAGAGAGGAGGAGGAGGAGGAGGAGGACAGACUGGAGCUUCAAGCCUGGGGCUUUGGAGAAGAAAGCAUGUCAAAAAAUGUGCCGGUGCACUUCUGUGGGAGGUGAUCGCCCAGAGCUGCUUUCUUUUUGACUGGCAGCCUUGCAUUUCCCUCUGUAUCACCUUGCUCCUCCUGCGUUAGCCGAUGUCAGUGUGGUAGAAGAUGCUUACAGUGACCCACACGUUUCUGAAAAUAACUUUAAAAUAAGUAAAUGUGCUGUGUGUCCCUCUGGAUGCUCUGACUACUGAAACUAAAUGUGAUGCAGACAGCUGUGUGUAAGAAUAUGUUUGUGGACUGAUUUAUCCUUCAUUUAUCCAGGGGAGUCUGAACUGAUCCAGCUUCCAGCGCUUCAUCUUACUGAAGUUGUGUGCUUGUCCCUCUUGGAAGCUUUCCGUUAUCUGUCAGUGUCCUCUGGAGCAGCUGUGGAUUAAGUGCCUUGCACGAGGGCACAUCAGCAGUAGCUGCUGAGGAAGAGGGGAGUGUUAUUAAUUCACUUUCUCCAAGCACAUCCUUUCUUUUUUCCAUUCCUUGCCUGAAUAUGUCAGGGUCUGAUAUAUAUGUAAGUAACUAUAUGUGCUGCAUAGGAAACACUUAAGAAACAGGAACAUUUAACUUACUUAGAGAAGAAAGAGUGUGGAAAGUAUAAGCAACAAGUUGACUGUAAUGAGUCGUUCAUCAGCGCUCCUGAUCCAAGACUGUACACUGGGUAAUUAUUCACUAGAGCCAGCUGGAGACACUAUAUUAGUGAUUAGUUCAUAAUUAUCCACAAAGUGAGGAGUUUGAUUGAAACACAAAGUGAUAGAGAAGUAAUGAGGAACUGCUGAGGCAACACAGACAGAGUAACAAAUGUUAAAUAUUAAUUUGACAUUUUUAGUAAUGAAUGAGCAGUUAUUGUUUAGGGUUGAUGAAUAUUUGGAUCAGAGUUGAUGAAUUUAUGUAUGAUUAUGAACCAGUCCUCCUCCUCCUCCUCCUCCUCCAUCCCACCCAAUCCCUAGCAUCCUGUCACACCAGCCCUCUGCAAUUACUCCUUCACUACAUCUUUGAAUCUCUUUUGUGGUUUUCCUCUUUUCCUCCUCCCUGGCAGCUCCAUCAUUAGCAUCCUUUGUCCAUUAUCUCCACUAUCCCUCCUCUGCACAUGUCCAAACCAUCUCAGUAUUGCUUCUAACUUUAUCUCCAAACUAUGAGUACCACCAUCUCCAAGUCAUACACCACCGCAGGUCUCACUACCAUCCUGUAAACUUUCCUUUUCACUCUCGCUGCUCCACCCUGCCUGCACCCUCUUCUUCACCUCUCUUGUGCACUGCCCCUCUCUUUGGAUGGUUACCCCCAGGUGUUUCACCCAAUGAUACACUAAUAUAGUAUUUUCCGGCUGGUUCUGUAGGAAAUAAUUGUCAGAAGUUCGGGUGGGAGAGCACUGAUGAACGACUGAUUACGUAUCGGUUCAUUCCUGAGUCUUUCCUCUCUUGUUUUAACUAAGCAAGUUUUUUCUGCCCUUUAUUGUAAAAUCUUAGAGCUUUUUUGUGAUAUGUAUGUUUUAUCUGGAAAUAAAUUCAAGUAAUUCUGUUUACAUUAAAUAUGAUUUCAGUUUUGCUACAGCUGGGACUCUGCAUUUAUUCAGUAGUUAUUUUAUUAAAUCCACGACCAGUUAUGAUAAGCUAAUAAAGCAUACUGAAUGAUGCUUCAGGUCCGUGCCGAUGUGCCGACAGAAGCCCUGAUGCACGCAUGGACACAUGCUGGCAGGAGCACACAGAGUUUGGGCGUGAGCUGCUGAUGAACUGGUUACUGCCUCUAUCAGGGCUCGUUAUGCCCCUUCAGUCACAGACGGUGUACAGAGGAUCUAUUUUUUUCUCAGCAAACAGGACUGUAGCCCCAGAUCAUUUCGUCCAAUGCCGAUCAUCGACUGAUUCCGUUUAUGAAUCAGACAAGAAACGAGAAGGAAACUCCCUAUUUUGAAGAUGUUCUCACAGUUUUGUAGACUACAAGCAGUUCUGCUUUUUCUUUCUCUUUCUUCUGUUACGCUCCCACGGACAGAUCAGAUUUUGUUGUGGCAUGAGUUUUGUUUGUUUGUUUUUAUAUAUAUGGGUGGCUGCCACCCUUUUGUAUUGGUUUUAGCAAGUGGGCAUGACUGUUUACUGUAACACAGCAUCAGAACCCGCAGACAGAGAGCAUCUACGUGUGCACUACAUUUCCAAAUACAUCUCGAAUUCUUUUGAAUGUGGAGGUUGAUGAUUUUUUUUUAAAAACUGCUGUCUGUGAAUACAGCUCAAACUUUA